UAAGCUGCAUAUCCAUAUCCAUAUCCAGCCAAUAUGAUCAAAAUAUGGCGAACUGUUUGCUGUGGUCUCUUGGGUUUACUGCUGCGGUCCGGGUUGUCCGGGUUGCUAUCUAGGUUCUGGGUCUCCGAUUGUCUGACCACGGUCCACUCGAAGGUGAGCGCGUAGGCCUCGCAGCGCGGCUCCCCGACGUGUCCCCGACCAUGUCGGGCUUCCUGCCGGAGACGGACAGCGAGGACGAGCUGCCGGCGGGCUGGGAGGAGCGCGCCACGCUCGAAGGUAGCGUGUACUACGCGGACCACGGGUCCCAGCGGACCCAGUGGACGCACCCACGCACGGGCAGGCGUAAGCGGGUGCCGCCCCAGCUGCCCUUCGGCUGGCGCCGCACCGAGGCCGCCGACGGCCGCGUGGCCUUCGUCGAGACGGCCACGGGCCGCACGAGCGGCACAGACCCGCGGCUCGCCUUCCCCGUCGAGGAGAGGGGCGACGCGCCGCCGCGCCAGCGGUUUGACGCUAGCUCGACGGCCAUGCACGUGCUGCACGGCCGGGACCUGAGCGGCAAGACUGCCGUCGUGACCGGGGCCAGCAGCGGCAUCGGCCUUGAGACGGCGCGGGCGCUGGCCCACCACGGCUGCGAUGUGGUGCUGGCGUGCCGCAGCGCCGACGCCGCGGCCCAGGCCAUCGCCUCGAUCCGCGCGCAGAGGCCAUCGGCCAAGGUGCACUUCCUGCCGCUGGACCUAGCUUCGCUGGACUCUGUGCGCGAGUUCGCGGCCGCGCUCAACCGCACUCGGUCGCGGCUCGACGCGCUGGUGCUCAAUGCCGGUGCGUUCGGGCUCCCGCACGCGGUGACCGCCGACGGUGUGGAGGCGCUCUUCCAAACUAACCACCUGGCCCACUUCUACCUGUGCCGCCUGCUGGAGCCGCUGCUGGUGCGCUCGGCGCCCGCUCGCGUCGUGGUAGUGGCCUCGGAGAGCCACCGCUUCAGCCUGCUGUCGGCCGAAAACGUGUCCGAGGAGCGGCUGUCCAACACCUCGGGCCGGGGCUACCUGUCCCCGCUGGCCUACAACGACUCCAAGUUGUGCAACGUGCUCCUGGCGGCCGAGCUGGACCGUCGCCUGGGACCGCGGGGGGUCCGCUGUAACGCCCUCCACCCGGGGAACAUGGUGGCCAGCGGGCUACCCAGGCACUGGUGGCCCUACCGCCUGCUCUUCACCCUGGUGCGGCCCUUCACCAAGUCGCUGGAGCAGGCGGCUGCCACCAGCGUGCUCUGCGCCACGGCCCCGGAGCUGGAAGGGGUGGGGGGCUGCUACUUCAAUAACUGCUGCCGCUGCAAGCCGUCCGCAGCGGCCCAGGACCCUGCGCUGGCGGCCCUGGUCUGGGACACCUGCGAGGCUCUUCUCGAGCGGGCCCUGCGGCCAAAGGGGGACGACCAUCCUUGACCGGACUGGCUCCCAGGACUCGGCCAGUGCACGCAACCAGAAAGAUUUGCCUCGUUGUUAUACCGUCGUUCCUUUACUCGUGGACGGGUCCUUUAGCAUCGGCGAGCGAGAAGUGCCAUUUUGCUUCCAUAAAUAUAGAAGAUGGCGGGAAC